AUGUCGAACCUGUCCAUCUGCGGAAUCGUCCGCUUCCGCACGCGUUGGGCCCUCAACCCUUUCAGCGUUCCCGCACCUCCGUCCAUGGACGGACGGGCUUCCUCGGCUUCCUCCUUGCCCGGCCCGCAAGCUUCGUCACUCAACACAGCAACGAACAAUCUUGACGACCCCAUCCGCGCAUCAGAAACAAUGGUUCGACCGCAGCUGGGCGCCUUUUAG